AUGGCGAACUAUCAUCCCCCAUUCUCCAGCGCGCCGCUGAAGACGGUCGAGGAGAUUCAAUUUGGUUUGAUGUCUCCAGAGGAGAUCAAGAACAUGAGCGUUUGCCACAUCUUGUACCCGGAGACGAUGGACGAGAGCCGCACAAAACCACGCGACGGUGGACUCAACGACCCUCUUCUCGGAUCCAUCGAUCGUGGGUUCAAGUGCAAGACUUGUACACAAUCGAUGAGUGACUGCCCAGGUCACUUUGGUCACAUCGAGCUGGCCAAACCCGUUUACCAUCCUGGCUUCAUCAAGAAGGUCAAGAAGAUUUUGGAGAUUGUCUGCCACAAUUGCAGCAAGGUGUUGGCCGAUACUAGCGAUCCCGAGUUUGUCACCGCAAUCAACACACGAGAUGCUAAGCUUCGCUUCAACCGUGUUUGGGCCGUUUGCAAGAAGAAGCGGAGGUGUGAAAACGAAGAUCGUAGCGAGAAGAACGACGAGGAAUUUGCUCCUGGUAUGAAGCCAGUUGUAAACAACCACGGUGGCUGUGGAAACGUGCAACCACAAGUCCGACAAGCUGCUUUGCAACUCAAGGCUGCUUUUGAUGUUGCCCAAGAGGAUGGCCCCAAGAGGCGAGAGACGGUACCGAUCACCCCGGAGAUGGCUCACGGUAUUCUGAGGAGAAUCUCCGAGGAAGACCUGCGCCAUAUGGGCCUGAACUCAGAUUACGCCCGCCCAGAGUGGCUCAUACUUACUGUGCUUCCUGUUCCCCCGCCUCCAGUUCGUCCAAGUAUUUCCAUGGACGGUACUGGUACCGGCAUGCGAAAUGAAGACGAUUUGACUUACAAGCUGGGUGAUAUCAUCCGUGCCAACGGCAAUGUGAAGCAGGCUAUUCGUGAAGGAUCGCCCCAACACAUUGCUCGAGAUUUCGAGGAGUUGCUUCAGUACCAUGUGGCAACAUACAUGGAUAACGAUAUUGCUGGCCAACCGCGCGCCUUGCAAAAGAGUGGCCGGCCUGUCAAGGCCAUCAGAGCCAGAUUAAAGGGUAAAGAAGGCCGGCUCAGAGGCAACUUGAUGGGCAAGCGAGUCGAUUUCUCCGCUCGUACUGUCAUCACUGGUGAUGCCAACUUGUCUCUUCACGAGGUUGGCGUUCCUCGCAGUAUUGCAAGAACCCUCACAUACCCAGAAACAGUCACGCCCUACAACAUUGGCAAGCUGCAUCAGCUCGUCGAAAACGGACCGAACGAACAUCCUGGUGCCAAAUACGUCAUCAGAGCCGAUGGUACUAGAAUCGAUUUGCGACAUCAUCGACGAGCCGCUCAGAUUUCCCUGGAAUAUGGCUGGAAGGUUGAGCGCCACUUGAUGGAUGGUGACUACAUCAUUUUCAACCGUCAGCCUUCGCUGCACAAGGAGUCUAUGAUGGGUCACCGAGUUCGAGUCAUGCCUUACUCCACAUUCCGUUUGAACUUGUCUGUUACUUCGCCGUACAACGCUGAUUUUGACGGUGACGAAAUGAACUUGCACGUUCCUCAAACCGAGGAGACGCGUGCAGAGGUCAAGGAGCUGUGUCUUGUGCCUAACAACAUUGUGUCCCCUCAAAAGAACGGUCCGUUGAUGGGUAUCGUCCAGGACUCUCUUGCUGGAGUCUACAAACUUUGCAGACGAGACACCUUCAUCGACAAAGAAAUGGUCAUGAACAUGAUGCUCUGGGUUCCCAACUGGGAUGGUGUUAUUCCCCAACCAGCUAUCCUCAAGCCUCGACCUCGUUGGACGGGAAAGCAGCUCAUCAGCAUGGUCAUCCCACCCGAGAUUAGUCUGCACGCGCCUGAAGACAAGUCUAACAUCCCUCUGAAGGACACUGGUGUCCUCAUCCAGAGCGGUGAGCUUCUCUACGGUCUGUUGAAGAAAAAGAAUGUUGGCUCGGCGGCUGGCGGUAUUGUCCACCUGUGUUACAACGAGCUUGGCCCCGAAGGCGCCAUGGCUUUCUUGAACGGUGUCCAACAAGUGGUCACAUACUGGCUUCUGAACACUGGCCACAGUAUUGGUAUCGGUGAUACGGUUCCAGACAAGCAAACUAUUGAAAAGGUCCAGGUUCAUAUUGACACGCAAAAGGCUGAAGUUGCAAGACUUACAGCCGAAGCCACAGCGAACGAGCUUGAAGCCCUUCCAGGUAUGAAUGUCCGAGCUACAUUUGAGAACAAGGUCUCCAUGGCUCUCAACUCGGCUCGUGACCAGGCCGGUACCACCACGCAACAGAGUUUGAAGGACUCAAACAAUGCGGUAACCAUGGCUGAUUCCGGUUCCAAGGGAUCUUCCAUUAACAUUUCACAAAUGACUGCUCUUGUCGGUCAACAAAUUGUGGAAGGAAAACGUAUCCCCUUUGGGUUCAAAUACCGAACGCUGCCACACUUCACCAAGGAUGACUACUCUCCCGAGGCGCGAGGCUUCGUCGAGAAUUCCUACCUGCGUGGUCUUACUCCUACAGAGUUCUUUUUCCACGCCAUGGCUGGUAGAGAAGGUCUCAUUGACACUGCUGUCAAGACUGCCGAGACGGGUUAUAUUCAGCGACGUCUGGUGAAGGCCCUUGAAGAUCUGAGCGCACGCUAUGAUGGAACUGUACGAAACUCACUGGGUGAUAUCGUUCAGUUCCUGUAUGGAGAAGACGGGUUGGAUGCCAUGUGCAUCGAGUCACAGAAGCUCGGUAUCCUCCAGAUGUCCGAUGUUGCUUUUGAGGACAAGUAUCGUCUUGACUUGGCCAAUCCUCCUGAAUGGUUCAAGAAAGAUUAUGAGUAUGGCAACGAGCUGGCUGGUGACAAAGAAUCCAUGGAUCUUCUCGAUUCGGAAUGGGAAACCCUACUCUCCGACAGACAAACCGUUCGACUCAUCAACAAGUCCAAGAUGGGAGAGGAGAAAAUGCAACUGCCACUCAACAUUGGCCGAAUGAUUGAAACUGCGAAACGAGUCUUCAAUGUUCGCGCUACCGAUCGUAGCAACUUGCGUCCUGCGGAUGUCAUUACAAGAGUGCAAAACCUCCUCAGCGAGCUCAGGAUUGUGCGAGGAUUGGAUCCCAUUUCUAAGGAAGCCGAUUUGAACGCAACUAUCUUGUUCAAGGCAUUGAUCCGGUCUCGACUUGCUUUCAAAGAAAUUGUCAAGGUUCAUCGUCUGAAUAAGCUCGCAUUCGAUCACGUUCUUGGUGAGCUGCAGAAUCGUUGGGAUCGCUCUUUUGUCAGCCCUGGUGAAAUGGUGGGCGUUCUUGCUGCUCAGUCGAUUGGUGAACCCGCGACGCAAAUGACGCUGAACACUUUCCACUUUGCUGGUGUGUCUUCCAAGAACGUCACACUCGGUGUUCCUCGUCUCAAGGAAAUUCUCAAUUUGGCAAAGGACAUCAAGACUCCCAGUAUGGCUGUGUACUUGAACACGCAUUUGGGAACACAAGAGCAGGCCAAGAAGCUCCGAAGUUUGGUCGAAUACACCAACUUGCGCUCAAUCACUUCCGUGACGGAGAUUUACUAUGAUCCUGAUAUUCAAGGCACGACCAUUGCCGAGGAUAUGGACAUGGUUGAAUCCUACUUCCUGAUCCCCGAUGAUGGUCAGGACAACACUGAUCAACAGUCAAGAUGGCUUCUGCGUAUCACACUCGAUCGACAGAAGCUUCUUGAUAAGGAAAUCAGGAUUGAUGAUGUGGCCCAGCGCAUCAAGGAAGAGUACCCCAACGAUCUCGCUGUCAUCUUCAGUGACAACAACGCAGACGAGCAAGUCAUCCGAAUCCGAACAGUUCGACAAUCAGAGGAAAAGGACGAAGACGGAGAAAAGAAGAUCGAGGAUGACGUCAUGCUGAAGCGUCUGGAAGCCCAUCUUCUCGACACGCUUACUCUACGUGGUGUGCCAGGUGUUGAAAGGGCUUUCUUGACAAAGGGAACUCGCUUGGUGGUUGACAAGGACGGGUCUGAGCUUGCGAAGAAGGAUGAUGAACGAUGCACUCAGUGGUACUUAGAUACCUCGGGCUCCGCUCUUCGAGAUGUCCUUGCUGUUGAAGGUGUUGAUGCGACGCGAACAUACACCAACGAUUUGUGGCAGAUUGUUGAAGUCUUUGGUAUUGAGGCUGCACGUGCUGCAUUGGUGAAGGAGUUGACCAACGUGUUGGCCUUUGACGGUUCAUAUGUCAAUCACCGACACAUUGCACUGUUGGUUGAUGUUAUGACGUAUAGAGGCAGCAUCUCGGCCGUCACUCGACAUGGUAUCAACCGCGCUGACACUGGUGCUUUGAUGCGUUGUUCAUUCGAGGAGACUGUCGAGAUUUUGCUGGAGGCUGCUGCCACCGGUGAGCUUGAUGACUGCCGUGGCAUUUCUGAGAAUGUCAUGCUCGGCCAGCUCGCACCGAUGGGAACUGGAAACUUUGACGUUUUCCUUGAUCCCAAGAUGCUGGAAACAGUCAUCUCGGAUAAUUCUCGCAUGGGUCUCAUGCCAGGCAUGCCAGUCAAGGAGGGCGAAGCCGAAGGUGCUGCUACACCGUACGACACCGGAUCACCGAUGUCAAACGACUCUGGCUACAUGAGCAUGAACUCGCCAGCUGCUGGAAACUUCUCUCCCAUCCAGGGUGCGGGAUCAGAAACCCCAGCUGGCUUCGGCACAGAGUAUGGUGGACAAGGCUUUGGCAACAUGGGAUCCAUGAGCCCGUACUCCCGAGGAGCGACAAGCCCCUUCAGCACGUCGCCUACUUCACCGUUCAGCUCAGGCAUGGUUGGAUAUUCUCCUUCAUCGCCCAACGCCGGCUACUCUCCGACUUCGCCUCUCCUGGACGGUGGUGCUGGUCGUUACGCAACGUCUCCUUCGUUCAGCCCGUCAUCCCCGUCGUUCUCACCUACCUCCCCGAUGCUACGCCCAACGAGUCCUGCCAGUCCAAACUACAGCCCGACGUCGCCGAGUUACUCGCCGACUUCGCCAACUUCCCCUCGGCACUACUCGCCAACGUCGCCUGCGCAGUUCAACUCGCCUACCUCUCCCAGCUACUCCCCUGCCAGUCCCAACUACAGCCCAGCCUCACCCAACCUUCAUGGCGCAGCUGGUGCUACCUCUCCUUCAUACUCUCCAGCUUCUCCAUCUUGGUCUCCAACUUCUCCUGAGGCAUACUCGCCCACGAGCCCAAGCUUUCAAAGAAGCCCUGGAAAUCAGCAGAGCCCGACGAGCCCCAGUUACUCGCCAACGUCGCCUGCUUUCUCUCCCCGGACUCCUGGUCCGGGUAACUCGGGCAAUCAAUAUUCUCCCAACUCGCCCGCUAACGAUUGA